AAUGGCGUUGUUUAGAAGGAAUGCAAGCGUGAAUGUAGUUUUUUUUUUACGUCACAGAGUAGGCGUUCCCUAACGGAAAAAUGUUUUGCUCUGCCAACCACCUUGCUUGUUCUGCCCACUAUGAUUAAUUUGCUCCCAUUGGAAAGGACAGGCUGUGGUCUAUCUUGGGUUAGUUAUACGAAGCUGUGACGAAAGUGUGUUCUGAAUAGUAACUUAUAAUAUAGCUAUACUUCGGUUUUUCUAAAUCUAUUUACGAGAACAGGAAUCGAUCAGUUGUGCGAUCUGUCUGGAUCCACUAAGGGGUCCGGUGACUAUUCCUUAUGGACACAGCUAUUGUAUGGGCUGCAUUAUAGGCUACUGGGAUCAGAAUUAUCUGAAGAUGAGCCACAGCUGCCCCCAGUGCAGACAGCUUCAUUCCACAGCCUAUUUUGAGGAAAAGCACCAUGCUAGCCGAAUUGGCGGAGAAACUGAAGAAGAUAGGACUUCAAGCUGUUCCUCUUGUUCACUGUUAUGCUGGACCUGGAGAUGUGGAGUGUGAUGUCUGCACUGGUAGAAAAUGUAAAGCUUUCAAGUCCUGUUUGGAGUGUCUGGCCUCUUACCCUGUUACUGUCAUUUUGAGCUAUGGCUAGGUUAAGUAAAGCUACUAUUUAAUUGAGUUAUUUCAAGUGCCUCUUACCCUGUUACUGUCAUUUUGAACUAUGGCUAGGUUAAGUAAAGCUACUAUUUAAUUGAGUUAUUUCAAGUGCCUCUUACCCUGUUACUGUAAUUUUGAACUAUGACUAGGUUAAGCAAAGCUACUAUUUAAUUGAGUUAUUUCAAGUGUCAAGAGUCUUAUUUCAAGACACCUCCAGCCUCACUAUGAAUCUCCUGCUUUUAAGAAGCACAGGCUAGUCAAAGCCUCCACACAACUACAGGAGAGGAUCUGCUCUCGUCAUGACAAGCUGCUGGAGAUUUACUGCCAUUCCGAUCAGCACUGUAUCUGUCUGCUGUGUCUGAUGGAUCAAAGCAAAUCAAAUCAAAUUUCAAAUGAUGGAUGAAUAUAAAGGCCAUGAGACAGUCUGAGCUGCAUCAGAAAGGACUGAAAAACAGAAGCUGCUGUAUCUGAAACAGACAACGUACCAGCAGAUGAUCCAGGAGAGGGAAAGGGAGCUGCGAGAUAUUAAACUGGGUGUGUUCCACAUAACACCCUUUACAGAUGAAGCAGUGGAGAACAGUGAGAGGAUCUUUACUGAGAUGAUCCGCUCCAUUGAGAGAAGGUGCUCUGAGGUGAAGGAGCUGAUCAGACCCCAGGAGAGGGCAGCAGUGAGUGGGUCUGAAGUACUCCAGGAGCGACUGAAACAGGAGGUUGCUGAGCUGGGGAGCAGAGGCGCUGAGCUAGAGCAGCUCUCACACACAGAGGAUCACAUCCACUUUCUCCAGAUUGUUCAGUCUCUCAUUGCCCAGCUGGACUCUAAGGGUGUACAUAGCCCCUCCUGUUGCCCACAUCUAUGGUUCAAGGAUGUGACAAGGAGUGAGUCUGAGUUGAAGGAGAGACUGGAGAAAAUCUGUCAGGAAGAGGUGGAGAAGAUACCUUCUAAACCCAAUGCCUGGCCCACUACUCAACCCCUAGACACAGCAGCUUGCCCCCCUGCACAGCCCCUAGCACAGCUCCAACCUCAGCAGAGAACCCAGCUUGACCCACACUCUAUGUCCUUGGGUCUUGACUCUGUGGACGUCACUAUGAGCAGCAAUCAGUACAAGCAUCUGAAGGUGACCCUGUACAAAUCAGAUACAGACACCUGCUUUGGAUUUAGACUCUUAAGGCGAACUAACCUAUUAGAACCUAUGGUAAUAUCAACUAUACUAAACAACUCACCAACCCAUGGGUGUUUGCAAGGAGAUGAGGUGGUGACUGUGAACAACGUGCCAGUGGGAUAUUAUGAUUUGUUUGAGCUCCAAGAUGUGCUUGAAAGGGCUGAUCUGAUCAUUGUGGUCUGCUGACCCUGACCGUGUGGAGAAAGGACUAGAUAGCAAGUCCUGCUAUAGUCUGUAGUCUCCACAUGGGCUGGAUCUAUACUCUGACUCCUUUGACUAUGUGAGAGAGAAUUUGUCAAAACUAAGCGGCGCAGUAAAACAAAAACAUUUCAUAUUCAACAUAUGAAUGGUGUUAUAAUAAUCCAUCAGCCUUUGUAAUUUAUGACAAUCAAUUAACAAUUAAGUGGGAUUCUUAGUAUGAUUAACAAAAAUACAAUUCACUUUUCAAACCAUUUUAAUUCAGUCAUACUCCAAAUAAGCUAACACUAUAGACAGCAGUUGAAACUGCAUUAAACACUAUAAUGCAAGAUUUUAAAUGUACUAUAAAGUUCUGGAAACAGAUUCUUCAUAGAAUAUUGUUCAAAGGUACUGUAUCAUUAAAUAAUGUGCAGUGUGCGUGUUUGCAUAUGAAGUGUUUGUAUAUGCGUGUUUGCAUAUGAAGUAUAAAUGUAUCCAUAUCAAAUCUAUUGUAAAUGUGAAAUUUGGACUUUAGAGAUGUAUUUUAAUCCCCACCAAGGGAAUGGGCAACAGUGACAAUGAGGGCUACCAGCAAAAUGAA